CAACCACUACCACCACCUUAAAAAAAAAAAAAGGCAGCUUCCAGUGUGCUUUGGAGCCCGCGCGAACCAGAGGAGCUAUGCAGCCAAACUUUCGGGAACCAUGGCUUAUUUUUUUUGACAUUGCAAGCUCGCCCUUGAGGAUCGCUUAUUGAAUUCUCCAGUUUUUGUUUUGUGUGUGGUUUCCACCGCUGCCUCCGGGCCUUGCAGAUUUUUUGCUUCCCAUUUGCAAAGGGUGAGAGAAUCAGGCGAGCCGACCCAGCGGCAAGCCAGCCGCAGCCCAGAAGCCCUGCCUGCUUGCUUUGCCUCCGCUCUCUCUCUCAGCUCGCUUGCCUUGGGAGUCCAGUGUUGUUUUGAAGGGAGCUAACAUGGCGACGGUGCCCGUCUAUUGCAUCUGUAGGCUGCCCUACGACGUAACCCGCUUCAUGAUCGAGUGCGACGCCUGCAAGGACUGGUUUCACGGCAGUUGUGUUGGUGUAGAAGAAGAUGAGGCACCAGAUAUUGACAUCUACCAUUGUCCGAAUUGUGAAAAAACCCAUGGAAAAUCAACUUUGAAAAAGAAAAGGAAUUGGCAUAAGCAUGAUACUGGUCAAACUACAGAAGUCAAACCUGUACAGAAUGGGAGUCAAGUCUUCAUAAAGGAGCUUCGAAGUCGAACGUUCCCCAGUGCUGAAGAUGUGGUAGUAAAAGUCAGUGGAAGCCAACUAACUGUUGAAUACUUGGAAGAAAAUGGAUUCACUGAACCGAUCCUCAUUCCAAAGAAGGAUGGCUUGGGGUUAUCAGUACCUGCACCUACAUUUUAUGUUAGUGAUGUUGAAAACUAUGUUGGACCAGAAAGAAGUGUUGAUGUCACUGAUGUCACAAAACAAAAAGACUGCAAGAUGAAGCUGAAGGAAUUUGUUGAUUACUAUUACAGCACUAAUAGGAAAAGAGUCCUCAAUGUAACUAACUUGGAAUUUUCAGAUACAAGAAUGUCCAGUUUUGUAGAGUCUCCUGAUAUAGUGAAAAAACUUUCUUGGGUAGAAAAUCAUUGGCCUGACGAUGCUUUGCUUGCAAAACCUAAAGUGACCAAAUAUUGCCUGAUAUGCGUGAAGGAUAGUUACACAGAUUUUCACAUAGACUCUGGUGGAGCCUCUGCCUGGUACCAUGUCCUGAAAGGUGAAAAAAUAUUUUAUCUCAUCAAGCCAACUUCUGCAAACAUUUCUUUAUAUGAACGCUGGCAGUCGGCAGCAAAUCACAGUGAGAUGUUUUUUGCCGACCAAGUGGAUAAAUGUUACAAAUGCACAGUUAAACAAGGACAAACACUUUUUAUCCCAUCAGGGUGGGUUUAUGCAACGUUAACUCCUGUUGACUGUCUAGCCUUUGCAGGACACUUCCUACAUAGCCUAAGUGUUGAAAUGCAGAUGAGAGCAUAUGAAGUUGAGAGACGAUUAAAAAUUGUCAGCUUAACACAGUUUCCAAACUUUGAAACGGCUUGUUGGUAUACAGGAAAACACCUGCUAGAAUCAUUUAAAGGAUUGCACAAAGCUGGAAAGCAGCCUCCCUCCCAUUUAGUCCAGGGAGCAAAAAUUUUAAAUGGUGCUUUCAGGUCUUGGACUAAAAAGCAGGCUUUAGUAGACCAUGAAGAUGAACUCCCAGAACAUUUUAAACCAGCACAACUUAUUAAGGAUCUUGCCAAAGAAAUAAGAUUAAGUGAGAAUGCUUUGAAAGUCAACAAACCUGAAGUGAGUGCCAAUGUGAAUGUUGAGGAGGUCAGUCCUAUAGAGAAAGAGGAAAUACCAUCACCUGCACCACGGACGCCACCACCACCACCUCCACCACCAUCACCACCUCCUCCACCACCACCAGUUGAAAAAGUUGCUAAGAAAAAGACAUCAAAAGCAAUGAAAACACCCAAACUUUCCAAAGUACCCAAACCUCCCAAGCCACCCAAACCCCCCAAGCCACCUAAGCCACCCAAACCUCCCAAAACACCAAAAGUCAAGGGGGAAGGGAAGAAAAAAGGCAAGAAUGCAAAAGAAGCUCCUCCACCUGCCAUUCCUAACUUAGAUCUUCUUGAAGCUCACACAAAAGAAGCCCUAACAAAGAUUGAAACACCAAAGAAGGGAAAGGCUGCCAAGACUGCUUUGAGUGCCCCUAAUAAAGAACCUGUUGAGAAGCAAAAUGAGGUGGAAAAAUUUGAAAUUCGGGAGCAGAAUAAGACCAAAACAGAAGCAAAAUGGAAGUAUAAGAACAGUAAACCUGAUUCAUUACUGAAAAUGGAAGAGGAACACAAGUUGGAGAAGACCCCAUUGUCAGGAAAUAAGGACAGUAAAUUUAUGUUUUCCUUCUCCAACAAGAAGCUAUUGGGUUCAAAAGGAGUGAAGCCUCAGCUGAAUCCUGGUGUAUUUGGAUCAUUACAAAAUUUCAAAGAAGAUAAAACGAAACCUGUAAAAGAUGAAUAUGAGUAUGUCUCAGAUGAUGGAGAACUAAAAAUCGAUGAAUUUCCAAUCAGAAGAAAAAAGAACACAACAAAGCGAGAUUUGCCCUUUUUAUCAGAUAAAAAAGAAACUGCACAACAUAUACCAAUUAAGAAGCCAAAGGUGGAAUCAGUAUUGUACAAGAGUGAUGAUUCAUCAGAUGAAGAUUCUCUUCAUAUUGACACAGAUGCUAAACCAGGGCGCAAUUCCAAAGUGAAGAAAGAGACGGGAAGUUCAGCAGGAAUUCUUGAUCUUUUACAGGCAAGCAAGGAAGUUGGAGGUUUGGAGUAUAACACCAACAGUCAGCCCCCUGCAUCUCCCAGCACACAGGAAGCAAUCCAAGGAAUGUUGUCAAUGGCAAACCUCCAGUCUUCAGAGUCCUGCCUACAGCCUUCGUGGGGAGCCAACCAAGCUAAGAAUAAUUCUCUCACAGCCCCAAAUUCUAAAAAAACAGGAAACAGCAACAACAAAAAUGCAGGCAAAAGGCUGCCAAAGAAGAGUGCAAAAAACAACAUUGACAUUGAAGAUUAUGAUGAGGACCAGGAUCACCUAGAUGCCUGCUUUAAAGAUUCUGAUUAUGUGUAUCCCUCCCUUGAAUCAGAUGAAGAUAAUCCAGUAUUCAAGUCCCGAUCGAAGAAAAGGAAAAGUUCUGAUGAUGCUCCUUAUAGCCCAACAGCAAGAGUUGGCCCAUCAGUACCUCGGCAAGACAGACCUGUUCGAGAAGGUACAAGAGUUGCAUCUAUUGAAACGGGACUUGCAGCAGCUGCUGCCAAAUUAUCCCAACAAGAGGAACAAAAGGGCAAGAAGAAAAAGAACACCAAAAAGAAAUUAUCACCUAACAACACAAAUAAACUCCCUCAGGAAGGCAGCUCUCCUGAACCCAAGCUGGAGUCCCACAGCAGUAGUCUAGCAGACCAUGAGUAUACAGCUGGCGCAAGCACGUUUGGGGUUGCCCAAGUAAACAGAGGUUCUCAACCCAUGGCUCCUGGAGUUUUCCUCACACAAAGGAGGCCCUCAUCUUCACAGAAUAAUGCAGCUGCCAAAGGAAAGGCUGCAGGUGAUGUACCAACCGAAGCUGGUAAACGGAGGACUGCUGAGCCUUCUUCUGUAGGGAAACGUACAAAAAAAGGUAUGGCCACAGCGAAACAGAGGCUUGGGAAGAUUUUGAAAAUUCAUCGGAAUGGAAAGCUUCUCCUCUAAAAUUUAGCCACAACAGGGACUAUCAAAGUUCAGAAUGUCCUGAGCUGACACUAACUCUUCAACUCUUGAAGGACUUCCGUAGUAUUGUGCAACAUCCUAGGGACAAUACCAGUUAACUUUUUGCCACCUCUUUAAUAAAUUCUUUUUAACUUUCAGCAGUUAAAACAUGUACAGAAUACUGCUAUAAAUAUUUUUUAAUAUAGAUGUCCUUUCUCAAAUUGCUGAGAGUGACUAGUUCGCAAAAAGUUAAUACUCCAAGACACUGAGGAUCAUUCCAGUUUUAGGAAAGUAUCCCUUUAACUUGUUUAUAAGUGAAGAAAAAGCAGUUGUUUGAACAGUAUGCACAUUAAUUUCAAUUACUCUUCAUGUAUCACCAGUUUUAAAGAGGUAUCUGAUUAAGCAGCAAAAGAUCUGAGUUUUUAAAAAUCUGCAUUUGUUCAAAUUGAUUUAGAUUGGGAGAUGAGAUUUAUCCUAUUAUAAUAUGUGCAGGAAAUUAAAUGCACACUGGAAAAUUUUCUUACCUGGAUCAUGAUGAAUAGAUUUUGGACAAUAAAAGAGUUGCAAUUGCACUUCCGCCUCCUAAAGGCUUUUCCUGUAAGCGGUUGUCUGACAACCAUGGGUGAGUGAAUUUAUCUUAUGUGCAGUUCAAGACGGCUUUCUUAAUGUAGUCUGAUACAAGAGGGUUCAUGAUGAAUUAGGAAUAUGGUUAUAUAAACGUGUGUUAAUCCAGUUAUUUGAAAAUCUGCCGGAGCUUUGCCAUUUAUUUCAAUUAGCACUGGAUUACAGCUCUAGAGUCUGUAACACUGGUAGAGUCUGUAACACUUCAUAAAGAGCAAAUAUUAGCACACUGUUCCCACUCAUUUUCCUUGUUUUUGUCACUUCAAGUCAAUGUCUGAUGGGAAUCUGAAUUCAAAGCUGUAGUGUUUACCUAAAAUCUUAAAAACACAUGCCUACAAUUGGAGGAAACUUACAAAACUAACUGUACCUCAGAGGUAAGAUGUGAAAAUGAUAGCUGUGGGAGCAAUCUGAGUACAUCUACUUGAAAGUUACUCCCAUUUUAUUCAGUAGGGCUUACUUACAAGAGAGAGUCCUUAGGACUGCAGCUUCAGUUAGAAGGGUUUUUUUUUUUUUUUUUACUCCUGGAUAGUCUGUGUAGGACUUGUUUACUUGAUCAGGAAAAUCAGACCAUUUUCUUUUUCUAUUGUUACUUAGCUCAGAGUUGGUCUUUUGAAAUGACACUCUUGGUUUACAAAGUUAGAGAAUUCUACAAUUUUUAGAGCUGCUUCUAAUUUUGGUCACUUUUAUAUGGGCUCUUUAAACCUGCUUUGGCUUCUGAAGGCAAUUUUUAAAAAAGUUUUCACACACCUAAAAGAUAAAGCACAAAACCCAGAUCACACAAGGUUUUGGAAAACCUAGAUUAAAGCUUUGUUAACUGCUGGAGGAGUGUUGUAUCCUUAAGGUAUGCAAAGCCUUAAAAAAGAAAAGAAAAUGGUUUCCCUUUAGAAGCCAAACAAGUUCAAAAGCCCAUUUGAAACGGACCUUUGUAUCUUGUUUGGAACUCCUACGCAGCUGGGUUCCCAUAUUGCCCUUGUAAUAUUAAAACUAAACACUAUCUGAUGUGAGGAAAGCACAUGCUUCCAACACCAGUGUUGCCAGCCCAUGGGCAAAUAAUGCAGUAGGAUGGGAAGGACCCAUGUCACCUGCAAUCGCAUAUGCUGUCCCUGUUUCAAAUGAUUCAGUGGAGUGUGGGCCUGUGCCAGCAGCAAUGACAACAAUGCCAUAAAGACGAUAUGAAAUAGUUUAGCCAUUAUUUAAAUAAUCAUUUUCUUAACUUUUGUAAGCUUGUGGUGAAUUUUAAAUUCCAUCCAAGACCUAAGGUCAGAUCUGUGCUGUUGGGUAUUCAUUCUGUUAGAUCUAAAUAGGAUUGCCAACUCCAGGUUGGGAAGUUCCUGGAGAUUUGAGGGUGGGGUCUAGGGGAGGGCAGGAUUUAGUGAGGGGCUUCAGUGGGGCAUAAUGCCACAGAGUCUAACCUCCAAUGAAGCCAUUUCCUCCUGGGGAACUGUUCUCUGUCAUCGGGAGAUCAGCUGUAAGUCUGAGACAUCUCCACUCCCCACCUGGAAGUUGGCAACCCUGGGUCCAACUGCUUGAGUUCCUGGCGAUCCUGCCAUUUUUUAAAUCCUAUUUAUGAACACUUAAAUCUGUCUUCCUUAGUACUAUGACGCUGAUCUGAUUAACCCCUUCCCCCAUUGCAUUUUAGAUUAGAAAACAUGUUGCGGGGAGAACCAAUUAUGGCUCUUCAAUGUAAUGUGAGGUUUGGCCCUUAAUCCAAGAUGAAAUGGAUGAAGGAAAGGCAACUUGUUAACUAGUGUUUCUUUGUACUGUGUUUCUUUUUUUCUCACUUUCAAUACUCUGCAGCUUUUGAUUAACCCACGGAUCAUGUACACGAAUCAGAGAUACAAAUGAAUUCAGGAGGUCUCUAAACAAGCACUUAUGUGCCACCCCAAUUACCUGUCCAAUUUUUCUGCUUUAGGAAAAAUAGUAGAGAAGGAGGGAAAGUGCCAGAGGAUAAAUAGUAAUAAAUGUAACUCAUGUGCGCACCCUCUGCAUUUUUCUUUAUGCCUAUGAGCCCAUUAGAUAACUAAGGCAUAAUGGUAUAAUGGUUUAUGUAUGCCUUUAUGCCAAGGCACGCAGUGAGGUGCGCAUUCAUAUCAAUGUUGUACACAAGGCUUUUGACAUUCAUAUCAAAGCAUUUCCUAUCAGAUACAUUUGUCUGAAGGAACGAGGACUUUGAGCAUCCAGGCGUCUGAUAACAGGAAAGCCAAGCUUAUUGACAGUUUAACUGGAUACUUGUUGUCUUUUAACUCUCUUAGUGUUUGGUGUAGCGUGCAUUAUUUUACAUUAAACUUGCUUGUCUGCAUAUAAACACUUGAGGGGUUAAAUUUGUUUCUCAGGCAAUCCCAUAUUUUCAUUUAUAGAUACGUUUCCUAAAGCAUAUUUUUUCAUAGAAUGUAGCUUGUAAAUAGCUUUUUAAAUACCUUCUUUUUAUAAGAGCAAAGUAUCUUUAGACAUUUCUUUCUAUAGAAUACUUCAUUAACCUUUAUACAAGUUUUUUGCUGAGUAUUAUCAACAGUUGUAUUUUAGGUUCUUAAUUCUAUGAGGGGAAUUUUGUUUUGUGUUGUUUUGUUUUAUUUCUUCCUUUUUUGGCAUUGCCUGAAAAACAAGUAAAACUUUGUGCAGCCUUAUAUGGAAUCAGAUAAUAGUACAAAAAAUGAUCUAUUUAAGACAUAUUAUGAAGAAUAAUCUUCAACUUUCUAAAUACCAGCUCCUUGUUUCAAUUCUUGUAUUAUUGGGGGGUGGGGGAUACAGUUAUUUUAUUAGCACCUUGUGAAGUGUUUCUGUGUUUUGUGAUGAUGUAAUUUAUUAAUGUUUGUAGCUUUUUAUAUUUGUACAUUUCUUAUGAGCUUUGUUUAUAUACACAUUACCUGGAUGUGAUAUCCAUGAGGAAAAAAAACAGCUACAGAAAACAACUGAGGCCUUAUUAACUAACCUUUCUAUAGUUAUGGUGGGAAAAUAUAGGAUUGACAUGCUAGGAGUUGUUAGUUGAAUAGGGCCCCAGGAUUAUGCCGAGCAGGUUUUUUUAAGCUUCCCUAGUAUACUGUUCUUGUCAAGCAUUUAUAUAAUAUAUCGCAGACAUCAUGCUGUUUUUUUAUUAUUAUUGUUGUUGUUAUUAUUAUUUUCGCAACAUGUACAUUUCUAACAAAGUUUAUUGUGGCUAUCUAUUACAGUGUUUUAUUUACCAAUUCAUAUCAAAUGCUCUUGUAUCAAGUCCAUGAAAUCUAAGUAAACUUAGAUCAAAAUUUUAAAAGUAAAAUAUUUCAGGUUUUGU